AUGGAGUUUGAAGACAAGGAGGAGUGCGUUGCUGUUAUACAACAUUGGCAUAUCACCAAUAAUCUUGAUUAUUGGGUGUACAAAUCUGAUAAGAACAGAUAUGUCAUCAAAUGCAAGAAUCCAACUUGCCCGUUCAAAUGUAGAGCAUCAGUUCGCAAGAAGAACUCCAAAUGGACGAUAGGUAAGUUGAGUGGACCACAUGUCUGCACAACCACUUCAAUGUCACAAGACCAUAGACAACUAACCUCAUAUAUUGUCUCUCACUGCAUCAGAGAUCUGGUUAACACCGACCCAUCAAUUAAGGUAAAGCUCAUAAUCUCUCAUAUAACUAGAAAGUAUGGUUAUAAUAUAUCUUACAGGAAAGCAUGGAUUGCAAAGGUAAAGGCCAUAGAGUCCCUGUAUGGAAACUGGGAGACAUCUUACAAUGACCUUCCACAAUGGUUAUUGGUAAUGAAAACAUAUCUGCCUGGAAUGAUAAUAGACUUGGAAAUGUUACCUGCAUUUUCAAACGAAGGAAGCCAGUUGGGUGAUAAGAUGAUAUUCCAUCGUCUAUUUUGGGCUUUUCAACCAUGCAUCCAUGGUUUUGCUUAUUGCAAGCCAAUUGUUCAAGUCGACGGAACAUGGUUGUAUGGAAGGUACAGAGGGACAUUGUUGAUGGUUGUGGCGCAGGAUGGGAAUGGUAACAUUUUUCCAAUUGCUUUCGCUAUUGUCGAGGGUGAAACCAAGGAUGCUUGGAGUUUUUUCCUUCGCAAUCUAAGAAGCCAUGUGACACCCCAACCCAAUCUAUGCCUAAUAUCAGACAGACAUCCAUCGAUUUAA